UUUUAGGACCUUAGAAGAUAGAUAUGUGUGUUUCGGGUAGAUAUUCACCAGAUGUCGUCAACUGGCUGCAGUCAGGAUUACCACUUGAAUAGUCCUGUUACUUAAGUAAUGAACAGUUCUGGGGUACUUGAACUUUGUUUGAGUAUUCCGUUUUCAUGCAGUUUGUACAACAUUUUUGAGAAAUAUUGUACCUUUUACUACACUGCAUCUGCUUGACAGCUAUAGCAGCUUGUUGCUUUGCAGAUUCUUACAAUGAAUGAAACCACCCAGCUUUAAAUGAAAUAUGCCAGAUUGCAGCUCGAAUGCAACCAUUUGCAACUUUAAAAUGCUACUUACACGUUAAAGCAACAGUAGUAACAAUCCAGAUGUUUAAUAUGUCAUAAUAUAACUCUGAUGUCGCUUGUAUUGUCAGUACUUCUACAUUCAUUAGGUCUACAUUUAGUUCAAAAAGUUUCGCUCCAGUGAGAAUUUCAGUGCUUGAUGUUAACUUGUAGCUCCAUGUUUGUACAUGAUGUUGUUGUUACUUUUAUGAUCGACAAAGAUAAAGUAAUAACCUGUUUCUAGACUAGGAUCUUGCUGAGUCUUUGUGUGUUGUUCGUAUCUAUUCGCUGCAGUUCUACAAAAGUAGUCCACUCCGCACGCAGUCGCGUGCACGCACGUAUUCUCUCGCUCUGUAUUAUUGCUCUGAAAGCAGCCACCAUGGGGAGUUAAGGGCAAGACGACGGGCUAUUUUCGUUAAUAUUUAAUGUCUGAAAGCUAUCCAUAUGCUGCGUUUUGGAGCACACAGUUCGCGCCAGUAUCCCCAAUGCAGCGGAUUACGGGGAACGGGCUUUCAGAGACGGAUAAAUUGUUUGACAGCAAAGUCAUUGCUAGAGGGGAAUAUCUGACCUCUGCCUUGUGCAAUCAGAGACAUGAGUGUUGUCAGAGAAUUACAUGGGAUUGGGUACAGGGGUGGUGGUGGGGUUGUGGCCUCUCUGAGCGGCCCUACCCACUUUACCGAGGAUGCUCCGCGACCCCCAGUACCUGGUGAGGAGGGAUCUGAUGUGGACCCCCCAGUCCAGUCAGUCAACAUCCGUCCAAACACCCUUUCCCAAACCCUAGGCUAUCCCCCGUCAGCCUUGUCAUCUAAAAUGGGGGAUCCUUCAAGUUAUACACCCUCCUCAUCGUCUGCUACUCCACGGCGCCCUGACCUGGACUUGGGGUAUGAGCCUGAGGGCUCGGCUUCACCAACUCCACCUUACCUGAAGUGGGCCGAGUCGCUCCACUCUCUCCUAGACGAUCAGGAAGGCAUCCAGCUGUUCAGAAACUUCCUAUGCCAGGAAGGGUGUGCCGAUCUUCUCGACUUCUGGUUUGCCUGCUCGGGGUUCAGGAAGACCAGCCAGGAGAAGAAGGCAAAGCUAGCCAAGGCCAUCUACAGGAAGUACAUUGUGGAUGGAAGUGGGAUUGUCUCCAGGCAGAUCAAAGCAGCCACCAAGAGUUUCAUCAGAGACUGUGUGGGAAAGCCGCAUCCAGACCCUGCAAUGUUUGAACAGGCUCAGACAGAGAUCCAGUCCAUGAUGGAGGAGAACACCUACCCUUUGUUCCUCAAGUCAGACCUGUACUUGGAGUACACACGGACAGGAGGAGAGAGCCCCAAACCUAAUCCCAGCGAUCAGAGCCCUUCAUCAGGGCCAGCUAAGCCUGUGCCUGGGUACCUACCUACACUCGCUGAGGAUGAGGAGUGGAGGUGUGGAGGAGGUGGAGUGAGGGAAGUGGAGGAAGAGAAAGAUGAGGAGGAGUGUGGAGACACACCAGCUGGUAGACUGACUCAUAGCCUGCUGAUGCAGACAGUACCGCAGAGAACCUCGGCCAGCAGGAGGAGGCAGGACAGCAGGGAGUACAGGCCAUGGAGAGAGCCGAUAAACCCAUACUACGCAAAUAUGGGCUAUGCUCGUGCUCCAGCAACCAGUGCCAAUGACAGUGAACAGCAGAGCAUGUCGAGUGAUGCAGACACACUGUCACUAACCGACAGCAGUGUAGAUGGUAUUCCUCCAUACAGAUAUCGGAAGCAGCAUCGUAAAGAGAUGCAUGAAAGUGCCAAAGCCAACGGACGUGUGCCCCUACCUCAUAUACCUCGCACGUAUCGCAUGCCAAAGGACAUCCAUGUAGAGCCUGAAAGGUUUGCAGCUGAGCUUAUCAGCAGGCUGGAGACGGUUCUUAGAGAGAGAGAGGCUCAGGAAAGACUCGAAGAACGGCUGAAGAGAGUACGGCUGGAAGAAGAAGGGGACGAUGCUGACAUCUCCAUGACAACCUCCAUGUCUUCUCAUAGCAUACCACUCCCCCUCCCCUCAUCGUUUCCACCUCUUUACGGCGCCCGUUAUUCAGAGACCACUGCUAACACUGCAACAGUUGCCACAUACGGCGGCCUGGUUGCCAUGGAGGAUUCCCAUGACGACGACCCAGAAUCUAUUUUGGAUGAGCACGUACAGCGGGUGAUGAAGACGCCGGGCUGCCAGUCGCCAGGGGUACCCAAUAGCACCUUAGGAGGAGGGGGUCGACAUAGUCCUCCCAAAUCAUCACGCUCACCUGAUGGGGGAAUCGGACCGCCUCACUACCCCCCACACCGAGGGGGAGGUCACAGUCUGCCUGCUGCUGGGGUCAAAGGUAUGCAUCAUCACAAGCAGCUGUACCACCACAGAGGAAGAGAAGGGCAGGAGGAAGCAGGCUCUAGGUCUCAGGCCAACUUCCUGUGGAAUGGAGAUCCAGCCAACCAGUACACAGGAAGAAGUCGAAACUACGCUGAUGGAGCAGGAGCCAGCACCCUCGAGGGGAUGGGUUACAGUAGUAAAGGCAGCACGCUGUCACGGCGGGGUUGUAAGAAGACAUCAGAGACAUCAGGCAAAGGUGAUGAGAGUGGCCGUGGCUUGGAGACCCAGGUACCGCUGGAGGAUCUGGAGAGAAACCAGAAGAUCCUGCAGUGGAUGAUGGAAGGAGACAGACAAAGGAAGAGCUCUCACGGCGGCAGCACCAGCAGCUCCAGGAGGACAGGAACCAGCAGCGAGUCACCACGUCCAACUUCAGUGGAGCGACCUGGAGCUGUGCACCCCUGGGUCUCUGCUCAGCUGCGCAACAACCCAUCAGCAGGGUCCGCUGCUAUCCCCGGCUCAUCGUCCACCCAGGUCCAGCCUUCACACCCGUUCAUCCAGGACCCAGCUAUGCCCCCCAACCCAGCUCCCAACCCCCUCACGCAGCUGGAGGAGGCUAGAAGGAGGCUCGAGGAAGAGCGGAGGAGGAACGCACUACAGCAGGCCAAGCAGAGGCACAAGUCUGGGAAGCGGCAGGUGUGUGAGAACAUGACAGUUGCUUACUACUUUUGUGGAGAGCCAAUCCCAUACAGAACAUCAGUCAAAGGCCGUGUUGUCACUUUGGGCCAGUUCAAGGAGCUGCUUACCAAAAAGGGCCACUACAGGUUCUACUUUAAGAAAGUGAGCGACGAGUUUGACUGUGGUGUGGUGUUCGAGGAGGUUCGUGACGAUGACGCCAUCUUGCCUAUCUUUGAGGAGAAGAUCGUCGGGAAGGUGGAGAAGGUCGACUGAAUUUUGGGAACAGGAAAAUGAAACAAAAGAUCAAUUGAGAAGAGGAGAUGGGAAGAAAACAUUCAGGCUGGGUGGAAAUUCACCUGCGACGAAACGAACGAAUGGAAGUAGAAAGAUGGAAGGAGCAAUGUGUGACAGAAGAGAGAUUGCGCUGCAUAGUAGAAGCUCGAGUAUUAUGGAGGUGGUUAUUUUUAAUGGGAUAUCUGGAUAUCUGUCUCAACACCUGGAUCAAACCCCCAUAAAGCAAAGAAGCUUUUGCCACAUGAUACAGGAGUGGAGAAGAAGAACAUAAAUUAUUUCACCUGUCCUGUCUCCACUGUGGAUAUUCAAAGAGAGCUGUUAAAAUAUGAUGUCUGACCAGUCUUCCACUUCUACUGCAAUGGAUGGAAAAGGGUGAGGAGACUGCUUGAAGGAGAGAGGAGAAAGUAGUCUUCCACUUCUGCUCUGGGGGAAUCUGUCCUCCGCAGACCAUUACGAUGCUGCUACAUUACCAUAGAAACUCUUUAAUCGGUGCUCGGGGCAGUAAAGAAAGCAGUAUUGUUCCUUUCAGGAGUCCAGCUGCCUUUUGCUGUCUCUGUUCCUCAUCAGCUGGCAACAAGAGGAGAGGACAGAGGAUUUUGGGGAGUGGAACUUUUGCCUGCUUCUCCUCUCGUUGACUUCAUAGCCUCAAAACAGAGAAACUUGCUCACCCUUGAUUCCUAGAUGUCAUGUAGUGAUCUCUCACAUCAAUAUGUUCAGACAACAGUUCUCUGCAUAACUUGUUUACCAAAGCUACAUAUUUUUGAUAAGACAAGUAUCCUUGCUACUUGUUUUAAUUAUUUUUUUUUGAAUUGUGUAUGUACAAGGCAGGUACUAUUACUUAUUAUUGCAGCCUAAUUUCGUCAUAUCUCAUCUUAAUGUUGUAUUAUUGUGUAUGUUUUGAAGCUAGUUCAUUAGUCAUUUCAGGGCAGCCGUUUUGUUUGUUUCUUUCCACUAUACCACAUCACUGCACCUCAGUUCUGUACUGUUUACCUUUAAAUGUUUGGCUCUGUUCUCCUACAAGAAUUUUAAAUAUAGGAUGACUUGUUUCCACCCUCAAAAAUUCUCAUGAAAAAGACCACAAUAUACGAUAUUUUUAUCAAUAGAUCACACUGUCCCCCCGUGUAGCUUUUAGCUUUUCUGCUAUAUCAAAAGCUUGUGUACGUAACCCCGAGCUCAGUCUAGGUGCCUGCCUGCCUGCCUGGCCAGUGCCAUUACUAUCUAGAUUUCUUUUUCUGAAGCGUGUUGUUGAGUGUGUAAGCCUGUGUCCGUCAUGUAUGCCUGAACUCAACCAAAGAGCAUAUUGUGUGUCCCGUAUGCCUACAUGCGCCUGUCCCCAAGUAUCAAAUGUUUAUUUUUUUAUUUCAUCAUGAGCUGAAGGGAAUCUCUUGUUCCUCCUACAGAUUUCCAAACAUUGUAGCGUAACAUUGAGUUUAGAUCUGCGGUCUAUCUUAAAUGAAUAGUGUGACAUUUUUGGUAAAUUUCUUGCCAAGAGUUAGAUGAGAAAAUCAAAAAAAGCCUCUCGUAUCUCAGCUGUUAAAUAUGAAGCUAAAGGCAUCAGCUGUUAGUUUACAGUAAAAAUGGAAAAAGAGAAAAAGCUAGCCUGCCUUUUGUAUGGGCUGAACAAACUAGGGUUGCAAUCAAAUGUUAUUUUAGGUCAGAUAUAUAUUUUUUGUUUGUUUUUAUUUUUCAUAUUGGUUCAUUAUAUAUUAACUAAAAAAUGUUAGGACAUCACAAUUUUCUGAGGUGGCAUUUAAAAAUUGCUUAUUUUGUUUAGAACUGAAAAAUAUUUUGUUUAAGGUUCAAGUUUUGGCCGUAAAAAUUAAACAAGGCAUGGUAAAGCUACAUAAAAAACACAGGUCUUAGACAGUGAACCCUGACAUCCUAAAAUAUGUAGUUUAUUUAUAUAAUAGUCUGACUGCACGAGGAAUAAAGGAGAGUUUGUCUGUUUUGUUUCUUCAUAUUCCCCUGCACUGCCAAAGCAAGUAAGUGGGCGUAUAGACUGCAGGCAGAAGCUGUGCUGGGGGGAUGAGCUGUCGUUGAGAAUUCUGGCGAGAAUGAAGCAUGGCUUCAUCGCACCUUUCACUCAGUGAUUGUAGAAAAAAAGACCAUGUCUAUCAUACUGUCACAGAAGAUAAAAUAAGCAACAAAUGCUCGCAGUUUAGAAGCUGAAACUAGAGAAUGUUCCGUAAGUCUGCUUAAGAAGUGAUUGUAAGACGUUCAGCUCUAGCUCUGGAUACAACAUGUUGAUUUCAAAACUAUAAAGGUGCUGGUGGGCAGAUUUUGAACGGAGCCAUGCUCACCGUUUCCAGUCUUUCCUCUAAGCUAAGCUAACCAGCUGCUGACUGUAUCUUCAUAUUUAUUGUGCAGAUUUUUCAAGAAAACAAUUUCCUAAAUGUCAAACUAGUCCUUUAAACUGCUUGCAUCAGUACCACACUGCAGUAAAGCCUUGAGGCCAGAAUAUCAUAAAGCACAGUGCAGACGGUGCACUGAUGAUACACCAGCUAUGUAAGCUGAAUGUAAUUGUGUGUUUUCUUAGUUUUGCCCACUAUAUCCUCAAAGGAAUCACAUCAGUGAUCAUGUCAUACCAUGUCUGAGUCUGUCUUCAGUAUUGAUCUCUACCCGUCGGCCUGCUUCAGUGUUUUGUGUCAUCUAUGCUGGUAGUUAAAUGAAUGUGCACAAAGGUCUUGCAGGAAUGUCAAAUACAAUUUGUCUUGGGUUCAGCCCAGCAAGGGAAGCAUAGGAUCACAAAACAUAUUCAUCCUUACUCCAACCCAUUAUGCCUUCAAUAUGAAAUUUUAAAAAUUUAGAUAUGUAUUUGUUUAUUAAAAAAAAGUACUUUUAAUAAUCACCGAGCAUGUUCUUUAUAAGGAAUGUUUUCCGGAUGAGUUGAUUUAUCUAUUUAGUUUUAAUGUUUAUGUGCAAACUGCAAUGGCCCUCUGAUAUAUUGUGUCUGUUUUGUUAGAAAGAAGACCCAGGGACAGUUGAAUGACAACAUUUAUUAAGAGUUGUUUCUUGUGAUUAUGAUUUGAUGGACAAAACAAACAACUGCAUCUGUUGCGUUGUUGAUUUGUGUGAAACACAGUGCCUUUAUCAUGUUAUCUUUUAAAAAUAUGUUUAUUGACCCAAUCCAUGCUUUUAAUGUAAGUUUUUAUUUUCAGUCAGUCCCGUUGUAUUUUUAGCUGCAGUCGAUGCUUUUUUUUCUCACUUCUGAUCAACCUUCUGCUGUAAAUAUGUACAUUAUCAUUUCAUACUUGUCUUCAGACCUGCACCACAUGUCCAUGGUGUUUCUGUUUUUCAACGCCAAGAUGUCACUGUGCUGGUUCCACUUGUACAUUUCUUUUCAAAAGGUACUUCAUAAUAAAGAUGUUGAAUAAA